AUGUGCCGUGCUGAUACAACUUAUUUGACGUGCCCUGAUUCUUCCGAAGGGGUGCUGGGACGGUGUUGUGUGCCGGGGAAGUGUCCGGCGGAUGCGAUUCCCCCACCAGCGAUCUGCGCUACGAACUCACCCGCCUUAGCCCUGGUAAUGGCAGGCUUUUGUCAGGACGAAGGGUGUUCGCCCAUAGAGGGACGGGAGGAAUGCGAGCAAGCAGCAGCUGCUAUGGGCUUUGCAAGCAGCGAUGGGUCGGCCGCAUCUGCACAGCUCCGAUUAUCCGGUAACGUUCCUUCCUUCUGUUCUUGGGAGUAUGCCACAGCCGACAAUGGCCGUGCUGCUCUCUGGCUCAACAACUUUCCGGGGCAAGGCGCUGAGGCAACAGAACGGAUUCCCCAGCUUUGCCGCUGCGGGGAGCCACGCCCAAGCCAGAUUUACACCUGGUCUCAGGGGGACUGGAGUGAGUGCAGUCGAUCCUGCGGCAAGCAGAUGCGCUAUCGCCGAGUGGUGUGCCAUGAGCUCAUUGGAACUGCACUUCGCCCGGGCAGUUCCGACUUCUCAGGUGCAACCGGAAGCCGGGAGGUGGAGCCCAUUUUCUGCCGCGAGGCUGGCCUGGAGGAACCGCAUUCUUCGGAACCAU